UCAAAUUGGUAUAUACUUUUUACAAUCAUUUUGCCCAUGCAAAGCAUGGGCCAUAACACUAGUAUAUAAUAAAACAACUGGAUUAGGAUUGAUGAGCAAGAAGAAUUCAAAUUUGAUAUAUAGUUACCGUGUAUGUGAAGAAAGGGCCGAUGGUAGAAUUCUUUUAAAAAAAAAUUGUAAGUCUCACACUUUCUCUCAUCCUUGCUUCAGUGAGAGUCGCGUUUACGCAUAUCAAUACAUGUUGAGGACACAUUUGUUCAAAGAUACACACUAAAGUAAAAACAUAUCCUGAUCAAAUCUUUGUUAUAAAUAAAACUAAGAAGUUCUUCUUUCUUCUUUUUAUAAAACCUAACAAGAAAGCUUGUGUUAGCUUGUUUCCUUACUAACCUGUCCGAUUAACUCAUUAGGCCAUGGCUCCUUCCGCUGCCUCUUCAAAAAUUAAAGGAGGAAAAUCUGGUAAGGAAGGAUAUAAUGCGUUGGAGAAACAUGUAGCCUUCUUCGACAGAAACGGAGACGGCGUCAUAUAUCCGUGGGAAACCUACCAAGGAUUUAGAGCGAUAGGGAUAGGGCGUCUCCCGUCAGCUAUUGCUGGCCUCUUCAUCAACAUGGGCCUUAGCAAGAAAUCUCGCCCGGGGAAGGGAUUCUCGCCGUUGUUUCCAGUAGAAGUGAAGAAUAGUCGCUUUCUCAUGCAUGGCAGUCACACCGACGCAUACGACAAGGACGGAAGAUUUGCGGAAUCGAAAUUCGACGAGAUUUUCUACAAGCAUGCUCGCAAACAUCGAGAUGCUCUCACUUACAAGGAAGUUCUUGAAAUGCUUAAGGCUAAUAGAGACCAUAAAGACUUUGGCGGAUGGAUUGCAUCAUACGGAGAAUGGAAACUAUUAUAUGAAUUAUGCAAAGAUAAAGAUGGUUUAUUGACGAGAGAGGCAGUAAAGGGCGCCUUCGAUGGCAGCAUUUUCAGAAAAUUGGAGAAAGAACGAUUAUCUUCUUCUCAUAAGAAGAAAGAAAAAAGACCACGUUAACUAUUCCCAAAGCCCAUGCAUCAUUUCAUCUUCAGCAUUACAAAUGGAUUUUCACUUAUGUGACUAAUGUGUGUUAAUUUCUUAUAUGAAAAUGGUUAGUUUUUUUUUAUUGAAUUUCAAAUUUAUUAAUCAUAAGUAGAAACCUUUACAAGCUAUUUAUAUACUGUUUACCGUAAAGAAUGAAAGAAUAAGUGUCUCAAGUUUGGAUGGACUUGAAACCAUCUUCCAA